AUGACCAAAUCCAUCUCAUCCAAGUUUUCACUGAAUUUGGAGCUGCCACCCAGCUGCAUACAGUUCUCUCCCGCUCACCCGACAUAUCUGGUGACUGGGACCUACAAUCUGCAGAGAGACGAGAACAAUGCAGCAAGCGAUGCACCUACCACAGACGAGGCCACAGAGCCUCAAUCGACGGGAACCAAGGCGCAAAGCCGGGACGGCAGUUUGAUCGUAUACGAGAUGAAGGAUAAUGUGCUACGACAUGUGCAAACAUUAUCGACACCUUCGGCAUUGCUCGACCUGCGAUUCAGCCAUAUCGCUGGGCAACAGGACAUCAUGGCGGUAAUCUCAAGUACCGGAACACUGGCAAUGUUCCGAUUUGAUCCCGCAGGUGAGCCAAAUGCCCCGUUGCAACCACUUGCUACGUCUCGAUGCGACGAUUUGGACGAGUCUGUGCUCUUUCUUCAAUGCCAAUGGCAUCCCGCCCAUUCUAACAUAAUGGGUGUAACAACCUCGGCGGGCUCAGCGAGGCUGCUACGGCUGGAUGAGCAAUGGCGGAUAUGUGACUGGACCGACCUCGAUGUUGCGAACACCUUGGAGGCGUGGUGUAUUGCAUUCGCCCCUUCAGGCAGAGAACCUGUGUCUUUAGGUCAAACCACUGUCUACUGCGGUGGCGACGACUCAAUAUUGCGGUAUACUACUUCAGCCUAUGGCUCGCACCCUCGGGCCACUGAGGACAUGGAGGUGGUACCUCUGCCAUCCAUACUCAAGAACCAGCAUAACGCCGGAGUGACCGCGAUACUUCCAUUGGAUGCUUUCGAUGCAGAGGGCAGCCGCCUCGUGAUCACCGGAAGCUACGACGAUAGCAUUAGGCUGUUCGCCAUGCGCGAUCCCGAUCCAGCGGCCUUCACGAAACGAGCAGAGUUACUGGCUGAAGAGAAUCUGGAGGGCGGCGUCUGGAGACUGGAUCUUGUACAUGCAAACACUUCCGCAGAGUCUCCGAUCUUCCGUGUCCUGGCAUCGUGCAUGUACGCAGGGGCUCGCCUGGUACAAUUCGCGAGAGACAAGCAAGGCGCAUGGCAGUGCGACGUUUUGGCAAAAUUCGAGGAACACCAGAGCAUGAAUUACGGGUGCGGAAUUGUGCCGGGAAGCGAAGGUCAAAAGACCUUGCAGUGCGUAUCGACCAGCUUCUACGAUAAGCUGAUAUGUCUUUGGGAUGUAGAACUCGAAUGUUGA